GAGGCUGGUAGAGGAGGCUGGGGAACCGGCCACAGGGGCAACUCGUCACAGAAAAGCCAUUGGUGAGACACAAACAGCGGAGCGGCGUGAUUGGCGGCUGCGGAUUGAAUUUAGGGAUGCUUGAUUUUGCCACUGCUUUGCUGGAUUGCAUGGCCCUCGCUGCGUGGUGGAGGUGUUGUCGGCGGCGACGAUGCGCUGGCUCGCUUAGCGCGGAGCCGCGGUUGCUUGGACCAUCGCCUCCGCCUGCCCAGGUGGACGCCCACAGGCCCUCAACACCAACUAGCCAACCAUCUCCAACGUCCAUUGCACUUAAAUGCCUUCAUUCCCAUCACAGGGGAAUAUUUCUGUCCCUCUUCUGUAUCUUUUCUCUUUUUCGUUCGCUGAGUCCUACAGCGCUUUGGGGAAGGAUAGACCCGCUGCAGGUGCAUCUCGCACCCGACCCAAGCACCCGGAGUCCGGGUGGAAUUGAGCCAAUGCAUUAAAUAUCAGACAGAGUUCUACCUUUCCAUUCCGAUGCGCCUUUCCGUGCAGUUGAGGAGCUCCCGGAGAGAGAUGCAGAAACCA